AUGUCCGCUCCCAUCGUGACCCCAGCUCACCUUUCUUAUCUUGCCAUAUACAACCCUUCUCUCGGCUCAAGCGAUGAGGCACUGCGCGAUCAGAUUGUGUUUUACUACUCGCACAAGCUCGAAGCAGAGAUUGAGCACCAUACGAGGGAAAAAGAUGCCACAAAAAGGGAGGAUGUGUCAAGCCCUGAGCGGGACGCAGCUGAAAAGAAGGAAGCCAUAGAGAAUGAGAGACUACGGCAGGUUGGCCUAGCACAGGGAAUGGUCAAUUUUGCAAAGAACUUUUCGAAUAGCGGAUCGCUCGAGUCUGUAGACACAGAGAAGUCGCGGGUCGUCCUGAAGGAAGUCGAACCGGGAUGGUGGAUUCUCGCCGCCAUUGACCUCACACAAUUACCUGCGGCGAACAGGGUAUCCGCGGCUGCGUCAAGCAGUGCGAAGUCCGGCAGAAACACGCCAGCGAGCGAGGCUUCAUCUUCACGAAAUAUCGAAUACUCCUCGAGGGAGGUUGCGCCAGCGCCACUGCUGCUUGCGCAGCUCCUCCAAGCACACCGGAUAUUCCUGCUUCAUCAUGCGUCAUCCUUGUCUGAGCUAUGGAAGAAGCACGGAGUCAAAAGAGAAGUGUUUUGCAGUCUUCUACAUCGAUACUGGACAAGGUUCAUCUGGAACUGGGACAUUCUUCUACAUGGCAACCCUGCAGUCGACCUCUACGAUUCUAUCAAGCUCGCUAGUGGUGGAGAGCUUGGUGUCGGGGUUGGCGAAGAAGAAUGGGGAAGUGGUGAGCGAGAAGUGCUGGAAGGUUUUGCUGCACGGAACGAAGGUCUAGUUGAUCUUGUUGUUGGAAGAUAUGGGGAUGUCUCGUCCUCAGCCGGGCACCAGCCUACGAAUGCAUCACAUACAGGGAAGGACUCAUCACUCUGGUUGGGCAACGGAGACAAUUCCAGAGCUGAAGACGGGAUCAUCUUUUCUGGCAUCGGCGGCAUCUCAAGGCGUUGCCUGACCACAGUAUCGCAGUGGAUGGAGUCUGUCUAUAUGUGUGGCGAUGCUGCCUACGGAAUUGGCGAGAAUCCUUCUUCCCGCCCUAGAAAUCGGCGGAGAAGAAGGGAAAUUGGUGAAGAAGGUGCUCAAAAGCUAACCUCGCGGCGAGCUGAGACACUCCACGCAGCAAGCAAAUCUCCGGCACUGAAGGUGACGGACCUUCGACGGAAAGUGAUUGAGAAAAGUGCCACACCACCGGGCAUUCCCCCACCGCUUGUAAGCGCUGUGGAGGCAUCACUGGACAAUGCCAUAGCCAAAGCAGAUGCCAAUGCGUCCUCAUGGGAAGAUCGAGACCGUGGGCAAUCAACCACUGGACCAAGUCCGCAAACCACAGAGCAGGCCUCUAUGUUCAAUCCAGAGAAAAUGAUGAGAUAUCUCAGCCUUGGCUACGGGUCGAGCUGGACUCUGAAUCCAAAAGGCUUCAAUGCUGACGGCCCAUCAGCAACGUUAGGUGAUAAAAAUUCCAAGUCUAGCAAAGGAGGGAUUGAGAAUCGGGAAGCGCCUAUAGAAGCUCAGCUACGAGAGCUCGAUCCCACACCCGAAGUCAGCGAUGAUGAAGGAACCCCGUUCGUGCAGCGUCUGGAGGAGUCUAUCGGCAAGUUCUUGGUUGGAUUAUCUGGCGACCUUGAGAAUACAGAAUUCGAGGACGAAUCAAAUGAUGAGGGAACCACUGACGCCACUCCAGAAAUUCCAGCGCAGCGAGCAGAAGCACCGAGGCGUGUUGUGCUUCGCACCCUGACGGUGGAGAUGUCUACUGCUAGAUUUUCUCGGCGUGUUGGUGCAGAGCAGCAGUCAUCACAGCCCGGCAGAGGCAUCCCCGAGAGUGAUUCGUCCAAAGGCAAGACAAGUGCUGCAGCAUCCGCGGACGGUGCUCAACCGGUCGUCACACAUGAAAAGCUUCAAGUCGUGGUCUACGUCCACCAGCCAUUCAUCUUCGUGUUUCUAUUCCAGUUACACACGUCCAAUCUCACCAUCCCAGCCUUCUACCGUGGUAUCCACCAUACACUAGGCCCUCUGCAAAAGAGCCUUUUGAGAAGCACGGACCCGGAGCGCUGGAGGCAGCGUAUGAGAGAAGGCCUUGGGAUCGACUCAGGCUCUCUGGCUCAGGACAGCAGUAGCGCGCCGCCCCUACCCGACCUCAAAGACGUCAACGAAAUGUUUGACCUCCUCUAUGACCCGGCAAAGUCUACAAUUCGGACUUCUAUACCAAAUAUACCGUUGCCAGGAAGCCUUGCAGCUGAGGGGUUGCAUCGAAGCCCACAGAACGCUCGUCCAAUCACUGUCUCAGGCUCAUGGUAUACUCUUGGAAUACCCAUAGGCUCGUCCUCUGCGGCAAACGGCGCAAACUCUCCUGGUGCAGCCGCAUUAGUUAAGAGCCAUUGGACUCGUAUCGAGGCACUGAACGUCUACACUCAGAUUCUGAGUACUUGGGCUGCAAGUCGCGACAAGCAAGUUGGUCUAAAGGAUGCUCGACCACACAGCGAGGAACUGGAGAGAACAAUCAAGACGAGCAGAAGCUGGUGGAUCGUGUGGACGAAGAUAUCGACUUCGGACGAGAUGAGUUGCCCAACCAGCAAAAACUGUGCCAAAGAGGCGAUUCUUGUCAGGAGGGCUCCCCAGGAUGGUCCAGCUUCAUCCAGGGAGCCCUCUCGAUCGCGAUCAGAGGCCAGGAUGGUCAGCUCGGCCGGCAGAUGGCUCCUUCGUGAGCAACCUCGAAGUCGGGAAGUCAGUGGAGUCAGUGGCGGCAGUGCAAUGUCUAGCCCCGGAGCAGCCAAUGCAAAAGGGGUCACUGAAGGCGUAGGAGUCGACGCUAAGAGAUGGGUAGAAGCCCUGGUCCGGUUGAGUACAUGA